UCGCUGCGUGUUUUGAAGCGGGGAAGCGACGCGAUCUUAUUGUGUGUUCUGGUGACGCGUAACGGAAUGUCCAAUCUCGCAAAAGAGGUUCAAUUGAACAAAGCAUCCUUGGAGCUCAGGGCCAUCGCGGCGAGCACAUUCACACAUCCAUGCGUCACGUCGUUCAUACCGAAGGCAGACGCGUUUCAUUGGCCGGAGGACAGCGCUCGGGACGGGAGGGGCUUGGAUCCGGAGCGCAUAGUAAUAUCUCAUUCAUAAAUUACACAGGACGCUAGAGUAGAGCACUACUGUCUGCUGAGGGAAACCGGCCAGUAUUGGAACAAUGCACUCAAUAAGAAAUUUCUUCUGCGGCCAGUGGAGCUCUUCUGCCCGUCUUGACGACAAAACAAUCAUAAUCACGGGAGCUAACACAGGCAUCGGCAAAGAGACGGCGAGAGACCUCGCAAAAAGAGGGGCUCGAGUCAUCCUGGCCUGUCGAGAUCUGGAAAAGGCCGAGGCAGCCAGAAAAGAACUAAUAGAGGAUUCCGGAAACCGAAACAUUGUGGCCAACAAACUUGAUUUGUCAAACACCAAAUCCGUCAGAGAUUUCGCAGAGCUCGUAAACAAGGAGGAAAAGCGAGUCGACAUCCUGAUCAAUAAUGCUGGAAUCAUGAUGUGCCCGUAUUCAAAAACGGCAGAUGGCUUUGAGAUGCAGUUCGGCGUAAACCAUUUAGGUCAUUUUCUGCUCACCUACCUUCUGCUUGACCUCUUAAAGAAAUCAUCCCCCUCCAGGAUCAUCAACGUGGCUUCUGUGGCCCAUACGUGGGGCAGCAUCCAUCUAGAUGACAUAAACAGCGAGAAGGGUUACUCUCCACGGAGGGCUUACGGCCAGAGCAAACUAGCCAACAUCCUCUGCACACGCUCCCUGGCUAAAAGACUGCAGGGCAGUGGCGUGACUGUGUACUCCCUCCAUCCCGGGGUGGUGCAAUCAGAGCUGUUCAGGAACCUCAGCAAGCCUGUACAGAUAGCAGUCAAGGUCUUCAGCCCCUUCACCAAGUCCACUGUUCAGGGGGCCCAGACCACCAUCUACUGCGCUGUGGAGCCCAAGCUGGACAACGAGAGCGGAGGAUAUUACAGGUACAGAACAGUUAUUUCAUUCGAAUUUUUAAUCCAGUUUACUCGCACACAAAAUGCGCACCAUUUUCAUUUUUUUUUUUUAAAUAUUAAGUGUGUGAAACGUAUGGUGUGCGCUCAUUAAGACAAUGUCAUUCAUAAAGCCUGAGAAUCUGCUUUGUUUCCAGCGACUGUGCUCCAGCGCAGUGCUCAAGAGAAGCUUUAGAUGAUGAAAUGGCUCAGAAACUCUGGGAGCUCAGCUGUCAGAUGCUUGGCAUUACUUGGGACUGAUGGAGCAAUCCUCUCAGUGAUACCGUUAUAAAAGCGGAAUAAAAGCUUUUGGACUAAUGUCGUAGAUAAUGGAAACUAGAGUAUAUACAAUGCAUGAAUGAAUGCGCUAUGUUUUAUAUUGUACACCGAAUACUCUUUUUAAUACACUUGGCUAUUUUAUUAUCAUUUCGAUUGACAUAAUGAACUGCUUUGGAUUUCAAAUGUAUUUUGGUCUAUUAAAUGCUUUAUCUUUUA